UGGACAUCAGCUAUCAUACAGUAUAUAGCCUUAUUUUUUCUUAAUACUGCUGGUUGCAUGAACUACUUUUGACUCACAAGACAUUUAUUUGUUUGUUUUAAUCAGAUUUAGUACUUUAUGAGUUUAACUGGAAAACUUUAGGUUGUUUGUUUGCAACUUUGUUGUCAGCAUUGUACUUAACUUUUAAUAGAAAUGUAGAAAACUGCACGUUACCUUUUAGAAGGCAUUUCCUAAUGCAUUUAUUGAAUUAUUUAGACGGAGAAGAUGUUGAAUUCACUCAGCUGCUAUUCAGAGAUGAUAUCAUCAGUGAUAGCUACUUUGGUGGCAACUUGAAUGGAAAAAUUGUAACAGAUGAACUUCAUUUUGGUGAAGGAGUGCAUCGCAGAGCAUUUCGGAGUAAAGUUGUUCAUGGCCUUGUGCCUCUGUUUAACCCUGGCCAUCCGUGUGUACUGAAAAUACACAGUGCUAUCACAUAUGGGACCAAAACAAAUGAUGAGCUAAUACAGAAAAAUUACAACUUAGCAAUUCAGGAGUGCUGUGUCCAGAAUAUUGCCCGAGAGUAUGCCAAAACAUAUGCAUUGGAAGUCAGCUGUCUAGAUGGAUUUGGAGAAGUUCCAGAAAUCAUUCCUGUGUUCUUGAUCCAUCGGCAAACAAACAGUGUCCCUUAUGCAACACUGGAGGAAGAACUCAUGGGAGAUUUUGUGAAGUACUCCGUGAGGGACGGACGGGAAAUCAACUUCAUGAGACGAGAAUCUGAAUCUGGCCGGAAGUGUUGUACCUUCCAGCACUGGGUGUUUCAAAAGACAGGUGGAAAUCUGUUAGUCACUGAUAUGCAAGGUGUAAACAUGAAACUGACAGAUGUUGGCAUAGCAACAUUAGGCAAAGGGUAUAAAGGUUUCAAAGGCAACUGUUCAGUUUCCUUCAUUGAACAAUUUAAAGUUCUUCAUCAGUGUAAUAAGUACUGUGCAAUGCUGGGACUAACUCCCCUACAAGAGAAUAGCCAGAAGUCCAAGAAAUCAGCACAUGUAAAGUCCACAGCUCAGCCAAGUUCAAAGAAAACAGCUGUGUUUCCUGCUCUACCAAAAAACAAGGCAAAGUGAUGCUGAUGUUUUCCAUUUCACACUGUCAUCUGGUUGGCAUCCAGUUUUCCUUGCUUUGCACAGUCACAAAGUGUCAGUUUUGUGAUAACAUGGAACAACCUUUGGCCUAGAGCAAUGAUAUAAUAAAUAAUGGAAAUGCUGCAUCUUGACAGGUGAAAUAAGUAAAUAAAAUUGCUGGUGCUGUAAUUCAAAUAGCAGAUCACUGGAAAUUUGAAUCAAUGUCUUUCUCCGGAGUAGCCAUUUUAUCAAAGUCUCCAAAUGCAAACUGCCAAGCAUGACAUUGUAUACUACAAAAAGGUAUUUUCCACUGGUAUUUGAGCAAUGGGUGAUUUCUUAACUGAAAGAAAAGGAUCGGUACAAUCCUUCCUGUUUAAAAAAGGAUAUAGUGUUGCAGGUGGAGAACUGGGAAAAAAAUAAUCUAGACACAUGCAAUCAUCUCUUUCUAUGUGUCAUAUAACCAAUAUGCUAUUUUGAGGAUAUUGGAAUGAAUUUGUCAGGUAAAUUGUAGUCAGACAUGUUUUCAGGCACUUUGUUUUAUUUGAUGGAGCUUUUAUACUUGCCUUCAGAUAACGAUAUAUAACCUUGGAAUAUCUAUUUAAGAAAUCCUGGAUAUAUGACUUGAAGAUAAGUAGCAGCAAUAUACAUGUUUUUGUUUUUUUUUGUCAGUGAAGUCAGUGAAAUAGUGGAAAAAGUGCUGACAAAUGUAUAUAUGUGUAGUGUAUGUAUAUAUAUAUAUAUAUAUAUAUAUUUAUAGAUACCCACACACACACACUAUGAUUGUGAGCUAUGUACAGAUAUAAAUAUAAGCAUACAGACACACUUGAAUAUUAAGCUUUAUUUUCAUUGGAUGCUAAUUUGUCCUGUUCACUUUCUUGUUGCUGAUAUAUGUAAAUCUAAUGAUAAAGGCAUUAAUGUUUGUAUAAUUAAGUCUUCCCAGUGGCAAACAGCAGAAUGUAUGUAUUGUACCUAUUUUCUACCUCCCUACUCAAGCUUUCUGUAGGUAACACAGACUGUCUGUGAACAGCAGCCUCCCCCACUCAAUGGUUUAUUCUAAGACAGUGAUCAUAGCUGGUAGAAUUAGAGUAUAUCAAAUGAUCAAGUUUUGCGGGGGAGCAGUAGGCUAUUGUUAUUAUAUGAUAGUGCAUCUGUCAUUCAUGCCCCCACAAUACAUA